ACUCUCGCGUUGACGGGGCCACCCGGACUCGGACUGCUUCUUGUUUCAACCAACAACUCAACACUCAUCAUCAACAUUCAGCAUUGAUUUAGCUAGGCUUAGUACCUCCCGGCCUUUGGGCAUAACCGGAUAAAAGGGCUGAAGCAAGUCAUGACGACCAUACGCCCUUUUAGAUGUGAUGAUCUAUUCAGAUUCAACAAUGUGAACUUGGAUCCUCUCACUGAAACAUAUGGACUACCCUUCUACAUGCAGUAUCUGGCUCACUGGCCAGAGUAUUUCCAAGUGCUGGAGUCACCUACAGGACAGAUUAUGGGCUACAUCAUGGGAAAGGCAGAAGGUCUGGGAGAGCAGUGGCAUGGUCACGUGACAGCAUUGAGCGUGGCCCCCGAGUUUCGCAGACUUGGUUUGGCAGGGAAACUGAUGAAUGGAUUAGAGGAGAUCUCAGAGAGAAAACGAUGCUACUUUGUAGAUUUGUUUGUCCGUGUGUCCAACAAAGUUGCUGUAGCCAUGUAUGAGAAACUGGGUUACAGCGUCUACCGUAGAGUCUUGGAAUAUUACUCAGGAGAUGUGGAUGAAGAUGCAUUUGAUAUGAGAAAAGCCCUUUCCAGAGACACAGAGAAGAAAUCGGUGAUACCCUUGCCCCAUCCAGUGCGCCCAGAUGAACUCGACUGACCCAGCGCCGGGCAUGCUGCCUUCACAGACUUUGCAGACCCCCUCGUAAUAGCAAUUUUCAUUUUAGUAGGCUCUUUGUUUUUCUUAGUUCUAGAGCUAUGGUUACAACGUCAGUACAAAUCCAUGGCCGUGCAUAAAGAGCUUUAGUGCUGACAUUGUAAAUUUUAACAUUGAAAGUUGGAAAGAAAAUUUUUGCCCCCUGUGUUAUGUGUUUCUGGUCAUUUGGAGAAUAAUGGACAUUUACUGUUAGUAAGUGUCUAAUGAUAUGGUAUUUUGAGUGUUCAGUUAAUUUUGUAUUACAGCUUUUGCAGUUUAUUUGUCCAUAAUAUUUUCAUUCUAGUUCUUCGAGUCAUUGCUGAAGAAAAAAAUUUAAGCUUAAAUGGUUAACAGGCUGAAGUAGUGUCAGUCCUUUUAAAACUGUAUUGUAUGCUUUUUGAAAAGUUGCAGGACUCUUAGUGUAAAUGUUUAUUUCAAAUACUCACUAUACCUUUAUCUAAUUGUACAGCUUGUUGUAUUAAAAGAUUUUUAGAGAAUUUGUCAGUCAAAUUGUAGUGGGGUAAUAACUGAACUUUUCCAACUGUAGUUUGAUGUCUGUGAGGGUUGCAUGCCCAGUCUUGAGUACUUCAUCAAAGGAAACUUUGUAUACAUUUAAUCCUUUGUUUGUGUUGCUUAUUUUUGUUCCACAACAGCAAUAGCCGAAUACUGUACAUGUGUAGGCCUUCUUUUUAAUGAUAAUGAAAUGUGGUGGUUAUGUUGACGCAACAUAACUUAAACUAAUGAUCAACAACUUCCUGUUGUUAAUGAGGUUAAUAUCAAUUUGGAGGAUUCU